UGUUCUGCUGCACUCAUAGUCAUCUAGCCUCUGUGUAACGUGUAUUAUAAGAAUAUUGUUUGUUGGAUCAUUGAUUGUAACAACAGACGGACGGUUUUAGCAGGUUGUUGCAUAAGAGCGGACUUGAACAGUAAGCAAUGUCCAGCAUCUAUGAGGUCAUCAUGUUCUCCUGCUAUACCAUUAAUAGGCUUAUAGGCGGAUACGGCACAAGCGCUUCGUAUACAGAAGAAAAAAAGGCGCAGAUUCUGUCUGUAAAUAUUAUACAACGGCAGCAGCAGCCAGUCGAGCUCCCUGUCCCUCGUUUCUCCGUCUUCUCACUGGGGGGAGAAUUAUCCCUGAGGUACGGCGGCGGUGGGAUUCGAGGGAGAGGCAGCUGGGAGCGGAUGCUGAGUGGCGGCGGGGCGGGAGGGCCUUCGCUGCGGGGGAUGUUUUUUUUUCCUCCGGCGUGGAAGCGCUAAUCUGAUGAGAGUGCGGAGAGAGGCGGGCGAUUCCAGGACAGCUGGGGGAAGACACAGGCACAGCGGAGCGGAGCCGCAAACAGAGAGCUGAAUCUGUGUCACCGCCGUGACCGCGCGUCUUCACCUCCGCGCCCGCGCUCCUUCGCCGCUCCCCUUCCCCUUCGGCGCCCCACGAGACAGUGCCACGGAGCGAGGACCCCGGAGCGUGCAGGGCGCCCCACGAGACAGUGCGACCGUUAUUAGCUCGUGUCUAUGUUGACGGCGGCUGAUCUGUCAAGCUGUUAAUUCCGGGUGUCGGACAUCUCUUUUUUAUCCCGAAACCCAUUUUGGAUCCAGGAGUAAAGCCGCCUGUUCUGCCAACAAUGAGUAGUAUAAGCGAGAUGGUGGAGGCUGUGGAGCUGAGCGACCAGGACCUCGAGAUGAACAAGCUGCGGCAGAGCUUGCGGAGAAAGAAGCCGACCUACGUGCCGGAGGCCAGCCGGCCGCACCAGUGGCAGGCCGACGAGGAAGCCGUACGCAAGGGCAAAUGCAAUUUCCCAGUGCGGUACCUGGGCCUGGUGGAGGUGGAGGAGUCCAGGGGCAUGCAUGUGUGUGAAGAAGCCGUGAAGAAGCUGAAAGUGAGCGGGAAGAAGUCAGUCAAAGCUGUGUUGUGGGUGUCUGCAGAUGGUCUUAGAGUCGUAGAUGACAAAACCAAGGACCUCAUUGUGGACCAGACCAUCGAGAAGGUGUCCUUCUGCGCGCCUGACCGAAACUACGACAAGGCUUUCUCCUACAUCUGCCGGGAUGGAACCACACGGCGAUGGAUCUGCCACUGCUUCAUGGCGCUGAAGGACUCGGGGGAGCGCCUGAGUCACGCUGUGGGCUGUGCCUUCGCCGCCUGCCUGGAGCGCAAGCAGCGGAGGGAGAAGGAGUGCGGGGUCACAGCCUCCUUUGAUGCCAGCCGCACCUCCUUCGUGCGGGAAGGAUCCUUCCGCGUCACACCAUCCAAUCAGCAGGUCGACCGGGACGUACAGGACAAGAAGAAAGCAGAGCCAUCUUGUCACCCUGGCGUGCCUGCCGUCCCCCCGGGCACAGCGUCACCCCCAGAGGGUGCAGCAUCACCAGUCGAUCGCACCGAGCCGUGUGGCCCCCACGCCAUCCCCCGCCGCCACGCCCCCAUCGAGCAGCUGGUGCGCCAGGGCUCCUUCCGGGGCUUUCCAGCCCUUAGCCAGAAGAACUCUCCCUUCAAGCGCCAGCUCUCCCUCCGCCUGAACGACCUGCCCUCCACCCUACAGCGCAAGACCGACUUCCAAUCCAAGAACCCAGUGCCGGAGAUGGACCCAUCACUGGGGGCCGAGGCAGACAGCAUCAACGCCCUGUGCAGCCAGAUCAACACCUCGUUCGCCAAGCCCUCCGACGAGCUCUUCGCCGCUAACAGCACCCCGGCGUGCCCAGCGCCCCCUGCCAUCCCACCGCCUCCCCUGCCCCUGCAGGCUGGAAGCUCGUGGGUGCAGCCAGAGCAGGUGCUGCAGUCUCCGCCCGCCGUCACCAGUGGCCACAGGCGGACGCCGUCUGAGGCAGAGCGCUGGCUGGAGGAGGUGGCCAAGGCAGUGAAGGCCCAACCGCAGCAGCAGCCAGCGGUCCCACCCCAGCCGGCUCCGCCCAUGUCAGCCAUGCCCUGCCCCCCUGGCUCGCUGCCCACUUCCAUGCAGCCAUUCCCCAUGGCGUUCGACGCCACCCCCGCGCCCGUCAGCAUGUUCGCCCAGCCUCCCCUGCAGCCCACCUUCAUGCCCAUGCAGGCCUACAUGCCUGCCCUGGCCAACAGCAUGACGUACCCCAAUGCCAGCGUGCCCGUGGUCGGCAUCACGCCUUCACAGAUGGUGGCCAAUGUCUUCUGCACGGCCACCAGCACGGGGCCCUCUGGUUCUGCAGGUAGCAGCGGAGGAGCCAAAUCCGGCCCCAUGGCCUCUGGGCACCAUGCUUUCCCGGUCCCCACUGGCAGCUUCCCCAUGCCACCUUUCGCCAAUCCGGCCGCCAUCAACGGCAUCUCGCCCAACCCAAUCCCAGCCACCGCUGCCUCCACAGCCUCCGUCAAGCAGAACGGCAGCGGCCAUGGCCCCGCGUGGCCCUCCGAGGCAGCCCAGCAGCCCGCCCCCAGCAGCGACUCUCAGGAAGCUGAGCGCUUCGAGGCCCAGUGGGCGGCUCUGGAGUCCAAGACGCAGCCCACGGCUCCCAAUCCCUUCUCCAACGACCUGCAAAAGACAUUCGAGAUUGAGCUUUAACUGCCCCCCGCCUGCUCCUGUCUGCAUAAACUGUGACCCAGACAAAACUGACCCCCCCCCUCCUUUGUCUUCGUUGCUUUCCUUCUUUUCACAUCAACAAGGGGGGUGCCCUGUCCCCCCCCCAACCCCCGACCAGCUUUGUAGACGCUGCCACACAGACCCCUGGCUCUUGGACUUGGACGGCAGCUUCAGGGGGGGGGUGUCCUCUCCACCCCCUGCUUCUUCUCUAGGGGCUUUAGACUCUGCUGCCCUAGAGCCUGCAGUGGACAUUGGGAAAACUGGACAAAGACAGCUGAGAUACAACUGGGGAAGGAAGACAGAGCCGAUGACUAUUUUAUGUGAGGUAUCGGUUGACUAGCAAAUGACAUCAUCCAGAGCAGGGGCAUUUAUAGAGAGGACUGAUGUGUCAUUUUUGACCAACAAAACGAGGAAGUAUUUGAUGGCCAAAACAUUUUAAGUUAUUAUUAUUUUUAUCAGUUACCUUAUAAAUCUGAUUUUAAUCACCAAAAUAUUUUAACUUAUUUUUUCCCUGUGUGAAUAAUAAUAUUGUUCAUAUGUUUUUAAAGCUGGAGGGAACUCACCAAAUGAAAAAAUGCAUAAUUACUGCCUCAUUUGACAUCUUGAGUGUGUACCUCAUGUGAGAGUGUAAAUAGCUUUUUAUUGCCCACCUAUUUAUUGCCCUGUGUGUGACAGUCAAUUGCUAUUCAACCUGAAUGGCUUGCUUCUAUACCACUAGGGACAGAUCCCCCCUCCCCACACAGCUUUACCAGUAGAAACCCCACCCUCUAUCUGAAAGUGAGAUAUUUGGAUUGUUUUCAAACAUUUUAAUAACCUGACCAUGACAGGCUCUGUGAAGCUAUCAUUCGAAUUUCAGCACAAUGUAAGCCGGUCUGCAUGUGUUUGGAGAAGCCGAAGGGUAGAAUGUGAAGGAAAGAGAGAUAGGGCUUGAAUGAUCAGGGUGUGUUGAAUAUGGAUAAGGCUGGUUUGAUUGGAAAAGCAGGACAUCCCUCUGCUAAAAGUCCCUUAAUUCUAUUUGUAUUCCUGCAAAAUGAGAUUUGGGUUUGGAUUUGGUAGCUAGAUAGUCUUCACAGAUGGUUUGGUGAAUCUUUAAAGAGGAGUGUACAAAAGAGGAUACGGAGCCGCUCUGCCUGUCCCCAGGGAGCAAAGGGGUCCUCCUUCGCCCCACAGAGCAGGGAGCGCCAUGGUGACCAGAGCAGCGGAGUGCACAGGUAGACACCUUGGGGACGCCUGCUGCAGCGAGGAAAUAGAGAGGCCUGAGGACAGGCAGGAAGGUGGCUACGAUGCAGAGAGCGGCAAGUCGAAGGCAAGUGAAAGUGAGUGAGCCAGGAGAAGUGGGUAGCUGCAAUGGAAUUUGGACUUCCUCUCUUAUCUGGUACAAUUCAGGGAUGUGUUAGGGACAGAACCGGAAUGGUCGACGAAUAGGACGCCGUCACGUGACAUGAUAUGAAAGGGCUUGGUGCUGAAUUAUUAGUGGUUCUGUUGAAACAGGGCCAGUUUCUCCAGUUCCGCUAAUGGAUCAGUGGCAGUAUUUGGCAACCACCACGGAAGCACAGUGCUCUGCAUUCUUGAUCAUGGCUUUGAGAAGAUUGAUUACUGAAUUACUCUUGGUAUGUCUGUGGCUUUUAAUCCUUUAUAUAGGGUAGGAUGGAAGGUUGAAAUGUGCUUUCAGAGGUUUGUUUGUCUCUGGUUCAGGAAUCAGAGGCGGUGGGGGGUACUGAAGAGCGUAUGGUAGCAGGAAGAUCAGGUACUUUAUACUACGGGGGUCCUCUGUGAGUUCUUUCCCUUGUUUACAUGUUUUCUUUUUUUUCUUUUUUUUUUGUAGUGACUGGACAAACAAUGCAUAUAAGUACCAAAACACCAACUGAAGAGCAAAUUAUCAAAACUCACUUGGUCCAUUUUUUGUUUUUGAAACGAGACUGCCAAUGACCUAAAAUCAGGCUUCCUCAUCAUAUGUUACAGUGUUGGGAAGCAAAACUCACUUAGUCAUCAAAUAAUCCAGUGUAGAACUUUCAUUAAAUUUACAAAACUCACUCAGUCUUCAAGUAAUCGAACAUAGAACUUUAGUUAAAUUUCCAGAACUCACUGAAGUCCACAGAAAUUUUAUCAAAAAAGUGAGUUUUGGGAAUUUGCUCUUCCAUUAUGCACACAGCUGAAUUUCCUUUGGAGUGGUGGGGGUGUGUUUUGAAUGAAUGCAAUGAGAUGCAAAGCAGCCAAUGGCCUGCCCCUGGCCUGCCGAUGGCCUGCCCCGCCUAUGGCCUGCCGAUGGCCUGCCCCUCCUAUGGCCUGCCCCUGGCCUGCCGAUGGCCUGCCCCGCCGAUGGCCUGCCCCUGGCCUGCCGAUGGCCUGUACAUGUACGUUUCCAGGUUUUGAACACGUUUGGUUGCAGACACUAAGGGACUGGAGAGAGAAAUUGACUGGGCAGGUCAUCACAAAUAGUCAUGUCUCUUCCCAGAAUCUCUUGGUCAUUAACUCUUAAUUACUACUCAAUCAAUCCGGCUUUUGUAUGUGGCAAAAUGCUGAUCUCUCCAUCCGAUUCCCAUCCCAAAAAUCCCAAGAACAUUUUUUAUUUUCCUUUCCUUUCAUGAAUUUUGGAAAGUUUCACUGUUUAAUUGAUAUUUUUUUUCCAUCCCCACACAUUCUAAAUUAAAAAUAAGUAGAUUGAUUAUGUUUAUGGCAAAACAAGGAAACUAAAUUACCUCAUAAACUUGAUUGUAAACUUUAGUGUAGUGAUAACAAACCAGUGAAGCUUAUUUUUAAUCUUUAUUUACAUAAUUUUGUAUCUAAACCUACAUAUUUGUAUUGUAAUUACAUUGUACAAAGAUAAAUAAAUAAUAUAAUAUUAAAA